CCAAAGUCCCCCAACCGUUCGUCUUAAGAGUCUGGUUUCAAUUGCUCACAGAAAUCAUAAACAUGGCUGGCCUGCCUCCUGUCUACAUUGUCUCCGUCGCGAGAACGCCUGUUGGCAGCUUUCUCGGCAGCCUCUCUAGCCUGAGCGCAACCCAGUUGGGCUCGCACGCGAUCAAGGCUGCCGUCGAGCGUGUCCCCCAGAUCAAGCCCGAGGAUGUGGAAGAGGUCUUCUUUGGCAAUGUGCUCUCGGCCAACCUUGGCCAAGCCCCUGCCCGGCAGUGUGCCCUUGGCGCUGGCCUCUCAGACGCAGUCGUCUGCACAACAGUCAACAAGGUGUGCGCCUCGGGCAUGAAGGCCAUCAUCCUUGGCGCCCAGACCAUCAUGACCGGCAACGCGUCGAUCGUCGUCGCCGGCGGCACCGAGAGCAUGUCCAACACACCGCACUACCUUCCAAACCUCCGCACCGGCGCCAAGUAUGGCGAUGCCUCCCUGGUUGACGGCGUGCAGAAGGACGGUCUCCGCGACGCCUACGGCAAGCAGGAGCUCAUGGGCAUGCAGGGCGAGCUGUGCAGCCAGGAGCACGGCCUGACCCGCGAGAUGCAGGACGAGUACGCCAUCGGCACAUACCAGAGGGCCCAGGCCGCCACUGCCGCCGGCCUGUUCACCGAGAUUGCGCCGAUCGAGGUGAGCGGCGGCCGGGGCAAGCCGCCCGUCAAGGUCGACCGGGACGAGGAGGUUAAGAACCUGAACAUCGACAAGCUCAGGACGGUCCGCCCUGCCUUCAUUCCCAACGGCGGCACCGUCACGGCUGCCAACGCCGCUCCCAUCAACGACGGUGCCGCUGCCGUGGUGCUCGUCUCGGAGGCCAAGCUGAAGGAGCUCGGCAUCAAGCCGCUGGCCAAGAUCCUUGGCUGGGCUGAUGCGGCGCGGGACCCCGCUCGCUUCACCACCGCUCCGGCGCUGGCCAUCCCCAAGGCCAUCAAGCAUGCUGGCCUGACGGAGCAGGAUGUGGACUACUACGAGAUCAACGAGGCUUUCUCGGUGGUCGCGCUGGCCAACAUCAAGCUGCUGGGUCUCGACCCUGAGAAGGUCAACGUGUUCGGUGGCUCCGUCGCCAUCGGCCACCCGCUGGGUGCCUCGGGCGCCCGCAUUGUCACCACGCUGACAUCGGUGCUGCGCGAGAAGAAGGGCAAGAUCGGCGUGGCCGGUAUCUGCAACGGCGGCGGCGGCGCCUCCGCUCUGGUGAUCGAGAACCUGCAGUGAGUGGCCUGUCUUGUUGCAGUCGGCAUCUGCUAGCGGGAUGGAAAAUUGUGUCAGCCGUUCAUCAUUAGCCAAAAGGAGUGCAGUUCUAAUACCGGGCGAGCAUUGUUCAUAGACCGGCGGUCGCUGUUUCUCAGCCAGUCAGACCGAGCCUAUAGCAUAAUAGUUCGUAGUCGAGAGGAACGAAUGAGCCACACUGUGGUCAUUAUCAAUCA